CAAGAACCUGCGUGGCGUCAUUACUGCUGCGACGUCCGACGUGACCGGUGUGUUGAGAUACCAGUGUGCGCUUUUCAGGGACACACUAUAAACAGAUCAUGGCAGACCUCGGACUAAAAAAGGGGGACAAGGUGCUCUUGGUCUGGAGCCAACCAUCAUCUCCCAUCACACUGAAGGAAUUUGCUGAAAAUAUUGGCACUAUUGUUGGCAGCCAGAGUCUUGUGUCUUUGGAGAACAUGGAGAGACUACAACUUUUUUCUCACUCAGCUUCCAGUUAUGACUGGGUUCUGUCAGGCCUUUUGACGGACAGCUCCCCAAUCCACAGCUCUGAAAUGUUGGCAGAGUUCGCCAAACUUUUGAAACCUGAUGGGAAACUUGUGUUAGAAGAGCCUGUUUCAGGUUCUGAGGACAAUAGUGUAAAAACCGCUGGGAAGUUGAUAUCAGCUUUAAAACUGUCUGGAUUGGUGUCUGUCACAGAGAUAAAGAUGGAGCCUCUAAGCCCAGAAGCAAUCACAGCUGUGAAGGAGCGCACGGGUUUUCAAGGAAACUCUCUUUCGAGGGUGCGCAUGUCUGCAUCUAAACCCAACUUUGAGGUCGGUUCCUCUACACAGCUGAAACUCAACUUUGGCAAGAAAGUCACCACAACAGAGAAACCAGCCCUUGAUCCAAGCACUGCUAAAAUGUGGACCCUUUCAGCCAAUGAUAUGGACGAUGAUGAUGUGGAUUUGGUCGAUUCUGAUGCUCUUCUGGAUGCAGAUGAUCUGAAGAAGCCCGACCCAUCCUCUCUCAAGACUUCCUGUGGAGAGGAUUCAACAAAGAAAAAGAAAGCCUGCAAAAACUGCACGUGUGGUCUUGCUGAAGAACUGGAACAGGAGAGCAAAGCUGCCCAAAAAGCCAGUCAGCCAAAAUCAGCCUGUGGAAGUUGUUAUUUAGGAGACGCCUUCCGAUGUGCCAGUUGCCCAUAUUUAGGCAUGCCUGCAUUCAAACCUGGGGAGAAGGUUUUGUUGGCAAACACUGAUAAAGCAGAUGCAUAGACAUUCAUUAGACCUAAAUCCAUUCCGUUCUUAUUCUGCAACAUCAGAGACACACAAAUACACUUCCAGCUGUUAUAAACAGGGACGUUUCUUGUAUAGGUGUUAUUUUUGUCAAUUAAGUACGAUUGUUACCCAUAAUGUAAAUAAAGUUAAAAAGCACUGCUCUGUUGAAAA